CACCGCGCCGGGCGGGGGCGAGGGCGGAGAAGGGAACGCGCUGCUGAGCCGACCCCUCCCGCGAGCCCUGCCCCGCCUCGCCGAGCCCCGCGCGGCCGCCCUGGCCGCUGCCGCCCGUAGCUCGCUCCCCAGGUGCCGGGGAGCCGCGGGCCGUGAACGUGCCUGCAACUUUGCGGCCGCCGGGGGCGCGGCUCCUCCGGGUGCGUGUGCGAGUGUGUCUGUCGCCGGCGGCCUCCUGGGGGCAGCAGCGGAAAGGGGGUCGGGGGAGAAAGAGGCAGCCUCGGCGCACGGUGGCCCAGGAGGCAGAGGCCCCGCGAGGCGCCGGCGGUGGAGACCUAAAGUCCGCCGGGGCUGUGCCCAGGACGCGUUCUUACGGUGCGGCAGCCGCCCUUGCGGCCGGCGCCCGGGACUUGCUUUAGGAUCGCGAUUCCUCUUGCCUGCCCGGGGCAGUAGCAACCGUGUGUGCCGACGGAGGAGCGGCAGUAGCAUCCCCAGCCCGGGCGGGACCCCCGAGCGCCGGAGCCGGCGGCUGGAGCAGGAAGGGAGAGUCGCGGCGCCCGCCCUCCCCGGCUGGCCCUGCCCCGCGCGCCCCGUGCGGGUUGCUAACAAUGGUGCGGAGCGCCGGCGCGAUCCCCGCGUACGCCCAGCGGUUGUAGAGGAAGUGGCCGGGCUCCGGGUGGGGUGGGCAGGGAGACGCCCCCCACCACUCGCCUGCUGGAGUUUGCCGGCGCGCCGGGCCUCUCCGGCCCCGAACCCUGGGCUCCCCUCCGCAUCACCGACGGCAGCUCGAUCCGGAGAGUAUGGUGCCAGCGCCCGGGUUAAUCUAGUCCUCGGCUCGCUCCUUUUUUUCCUCCUCCUCCUCCUCUCCCUCCCCCUUUCCCUCCUGUCGGUGCUGCCUCUGGGUUCCCGGCGUGUGGGAGUACAACUCUCUGCCUCUCCGAGGAGACUGGUCGGUGACCCCCUAACAGAACUUGCCCACUGAAAGCAAACCCAGAACAGCUGGAUAAUGUCCACUCCGAGCAGAUUCAAAAAGGACAAAGAGAUCAUAGCCGAGUAUGAAAGUCAAGUCAAAGAAAUUCGUGCUCAACUGGUAGAACAACAGAAAUGCCUGGAGCAGCAAACAGAGAUGCGAGUUCAGCUUCUGCAGGACCUGCAAGAUUUCUUCCGGAAAAAAGCCGAAAUUGAGACGGAAUAUUCUCGGAACCUAGAAAAGUUAGCAGAAAGGUUCAUGGCGAAAACAAGAAGCACUAAGGAUCAUCAACAGUACAAGAAAGAUCAGAACUUGUUGUCUCCAGUGAACUGCUGGUAUUUGCUCCUGAACCAAGUGAGAAGAGAAAGCAAAGACCACGCAACCUUGAGUGACAUCUAUCUGAACAAUGUGAUUAUGCGGUUCAUGCAGAUAAGUGAAGAUUCCACCAGGAUGUUUAAAAAGAGCAAAGAGAUUGCAUUCCAACUUCAUGAGGAUUUAAUGAAGGUUCUUAACGAGCUCUAUACGGUGAUGAAAACAUACCAUAUGUAUCAUGCAGAGAGCAUCAGUGCAGAGAGCAAGCUGAAAGAGGCUGAGAAACAAGAAGAGAAGCAAAUUGGCAGAUCCAGUGACCCAGUCUUUCAUAUUAGACUGGAAGAGAGACAUCAGCGGCGAAGCUCUGUGAAGAAAAUUGAAAAAAUGAAGGAAAAAAGACAAGCAAAGUAUUCGGAAAACAAGCUAAAGUCAAUUAAGGCACGGAAUGAAUAUCUCCUAACCCUUGAAGCAACCAAUGCCUCAGUUUUCAAGUAUUAUAUUCAUGAUCUUUCAGAUUUAAUUGAUUGCUGCGAUCUUGGCUACCAUGCAAGUCUAAACAGAGCCCUGAGAACAUAUCUCUCUGCGGAGUAUAACCUUGAAACCUCCAGACACGAAGGCUUAGACAUUAUUGAGAAUGCAGUUGACAAUUUGGAGCCCAGGAGUGAUAAGCAGAGAUUCAUGGAGAUGUACCCUGCUGCAUUCUGUCCACCAAUGAAGUUUGAGUUUCAGUCUCACAUGGGUGAUGAGGUGUGUCAGGUCAGCGCGCAGCAGCCGGUCCAGGCGGAGCUUAUGCUCAGGUACCAGCAGCUGCAGUCCCGACUGGCCACGCUCAAGAUUGAGAACGAGGAGGUUAAGAAAACGACUGAGGCCACCUUGCAGACGAUACAAGAUAUGGUCACCAUCGAGGACUACGAUGUUUCUGAAUGCUUCCAGCACAGUCGCUCCACAGAGUCUGUGAAGUCUACUGUCUCUGAAACCUACCUGAGUAAGCCCAGUAUCGCCAAGAGAAGAGCCAACCAGCAGGAGACCGAGCAGUUCUACUUCAUGAAACUCAGAGAAUAUUUGGAGGGUAGUAAUCUCAUCACAAAACUUCAAGCCAAGCAUGACUUGUUGCAGAGGACCCUUGGAGAAGGUCAUAGAGCUGAAUAUAUGACUACAAGGCCUCCAAAUGUUCCCCCUAAGCCCCAGAAACACAGGAAGUCCAGACCCCGCUCACAGUAUAAUGCUAAGUUGUUUAAUGGGGAUUUGGAAACAUUCAUCAAGGACUCAGGACAGAUCAUCCCCCUCAUUGUGGAAAGCUGUAUUCGGUUCAUCAAUCUCUAUGGUCUUCAGCAUCAGGGGAUUUUCAGAGUGUCUGGUUCCCAGGUGGAAGUCAAUGAUAUUAAAAAUUCAUUUGAGAGAGGUGAAAACCCUUUGGCUGAGGAGCAGAGUAACCACGAUAUUAACUCAGUUGCUGGCGUUCUAAAGCUCUACUUCCGUGGGCUGGAAAACCCCCUCUUUCCUAAGGAAAGAUUUAAUGAUCUGAUUUCUUGUGUCAGAAUAGAUAAUCUCUAUGAGAGGGCGCUUCACAUCCGCAAACUCCUCCUGACCUUGCCCAGGUCGGUCCUUAUAGUGAUGAGGUACCUCUUUGCCUUCCUCAAUCAUCUUUCACAGUACAGUGAUGAGAACAUGAUGGACCCUUAUAACCUGGCCAUUUGCUUUGGACCCACAUUGAUGCCUGUCCCAGAAAUACAGGAUCAAGUGUCCUGCCAGGCUCAUGUGAAUGAGAUUGUCAAAACCAUCAUCAUCCACCAUGAGACUAUUUUCCCAGAUGCUAAAGAGCUGGAUGGCCCUGUUUAUGAGAAAUGUAUGGCUGGAGAUGACUACUGCGACAGCCCGUACAGUGAGCACGGUACAUUGGAGGAAGUGGAUCAGGACGCUGGUACAGAGCCCCACACCAGUGAAGACGAAUGUGAGCCAAUAGAAGCAAUAGCCAAGUUUGACUAUGUUGGGCGGUCUGCCAGAGAAUUGUCCUUCAAGAAGGGUGCUUCCCUGCUGCUGUAUCACCGCGCAUCCGAGGACUGGUGGGAAGGAAGACACAACGGGAUCGAUGGGCUUGUGCCCCACCAGUACAUAGUGGUGCAGGAUAUGGAUGAUACGUUUUCAGACACUCUGAGCCAAAAAGCCGACAGCGAGGCCAGCAGUGGGCCAGUGACUGAAGACAAGUCUUCAUCCAAGGACAUGAACUCCCCAACAGACCGUCAUCCUGAUGGCUAUUUAGCCAGGCAAAGAAAAAGAGGAGAGCCACCCCCUCCAGUAAGGCGUCCUGGCAGGACCAGUGAUGGCCAUUGCCCUCUCCAUCCCCCACAUGGUCUUUCCAACUCCUCAAUUGACCUGGGGUCCCCAAGCCUGGGCAGUCACCCCCGGGGCCUGCUGCAGAACCGUGGCCUCAAUAAUGACAGUCCCGAGAGGAGGCGUCGGCCGGGUCACGGCAGCUUGACCAACAUCAGCCGCCACGACUCCCUCAAGAAGAUCGACAGCCCUCCUAUUAGAAGGUCCACAUCAUCAGGGCAAUACACAGGCUUCAACGACCACAAGCCACUGGACCCAGAGACAAUCGCUCAGGAUAUUGAAGAGACGAUGAACACUGCUUUGAAUGAACUCCGAGAACUGGAGAGACAGAGUACAGCAAAGCAUGCCCCCGAUGUGGUGCUGGAUACCUUAGAACAAGUGAAAAACUCUCCCACCCCUGCCACGUCCACGGAAUCUCUCAGCCCUUUGCACAGCGUUGCCCUCAGGAGCUCGGAGCCUCAGAUUCGACGUAGCACUAGCUCCUCCAGUGACACAAUGAGUACUUUCAAGCCUAUGGUGGCGCCCAGAAUGGGCGUGCAGCUGAAGCCCCCAGCCCUUCGGCCGAAACCUGCUGUUCUUCCAAAAACAAACCCUACCGUAGGGCCCACCCCACCUUCCCAGGGUCCAGCAGACAAGUCUUGCACAAUGUAAAAACCAACUGAGCGAGCAUAUGGGGAGGUGAUUAGAAAGAGAAAACGGAUUAGUGACAAAAGUCAACAAUCCUUAACUUUCCUUAGUCGUGUGCUUAUAACUGGAGACCCUUUGGCUUUUCUGUGUUCUCGAAUGUAAUGUCUGAGACUAGCUAAAUUAACACGGGCAUUUGUAUUUUGUAAUUUCAUCCUUUUUUUUUUUUAAUAACUGGACAUAUCCUGUGUCAUUUUAAAGACAAUAGAAACACUUAGACAUACUUGAAACUCCAAUGCUGCACCAUUUGUAAUGAAGGCAACACCGCUCUGCCCUGCACGUUGCACGGUGCUUCAGGCUUAGUGUAGCCUGAAUGAGUCAGAAGCGUCCGAAUCCAAAGGCAGGAGGAUCUGAGUUCCAGGCCUUGGAAGGUAACCAGUGUUGGUCUCUGGCACUCGGGGUAAGGCUAAAGGCGACAAUGGCAUUGUUUGGUAGCUGACAGUGAGUACCUCUUAUUCCAUGCAGUGGGGCGGGGGGCUGGUUCUUGCUGCAGACUUGCUGUUGUCACGGUGGGGUAUUCCCAGUGCGAGCUGCAGCCCACGGCCUGAAUGAGUAGGAUGAUUGCCUCUUUCGUAACAGUCGUUUCCCUGGGUCCAGGUGAAAGUCUCAGCAGGAGGGGGUAGAACCUCUGCAGUUACUGCUUGAACUGAACCUGGGAAAGGACAGUCCUCCAGAGCUAUUGCUGUGACUCUUUCCCCAAGCCUGAUCAGGCCCCGGAGGGUUUCCAAGUCCAUCCCCUGCAUUCACUGCAGACUAGAACAGUCUAAUUUUAAAGACUUUCUGGUUACACUACUCCAUGAACCCCUUCAGAGGUCUGUUGUUGCCUAGAAAACAACUUCUAGCUCCCCUAAGCCCCCGUGUCUUCCUCUGUGGCAACGGAGAAAGACAGCGCACAAGUCCUUGGUUUGCCUGCCUUCCCUUCCCCUGACAAGAUGACCUGGGUUCCUUUAAACGUGCUACAGAGGCCUGAUGAUCCUAAAUUGAAUCCCCAGCUCCCCUCGGCGUUUGUCUCUUUGAGCUACGGUACUGGCGUAAGAGCCAGAGCAGCCAAGGUGGGAGGAGGACCUCAUGGUUCCAGGAUGACUUCCUCCCAGUUGUGCACCCUGGAACCAUGGCUUUUUUUGUUUUCUCCGUGUGGUCUCUACAUCACUCACACAGUCAGCUGAACUCCACUGACACCCUCUUUCUCUGACAUGCUCACCCAUAGACAAUUUUUCUUUAGCCCAUAUUUAUGCUCUGUUUCUCCUCUAUCUUAAAAAGCUUGCUUUGAAUUCAGUUGUUUUUACUAAGGUACAGAUCACCACUGCCUACCAGCAGCAGCUUAUUACCAUCUGUAAACCUAUGAGCAUUUUAUCUACUCUGUCGUUGAACUUACUGAGGAAGAGUUUUUUUGUUUGUUUUUUGGUUUUGGGGGUUUUUUUGUUUUUUUUGUUUUCAGAAAAAUGGGUGGCCAGAACUAACCCCUCUGGACCACUUUGAUUUCAAACUGGCAGCCAACUGCAUGCCCGCCUAAGAGUUACAGUACAGACUUUGAUUUCUCAGCUUAUUGGUGGAUGCAUUAAUGUGGAAAAAUGAGGAUCUGUACUAAAAUCAAGAUCAUUACUUUGAUCUCUACCUCAGUUUGCCAGUCUAAUCAUUCUAAUGCAAAGAGAGAUUACAUUUAUGAGAUAUUGUUACCUUUCCAAGUCACUCUGCUGGUUGCUUGCCUGCAGCCUGAUUUCACAAAUGGAUUAAAUAGUGAAAAAAAUUAUUUCAAGUAAAAUAUUUCCAGGUAUUGUAAACCUCUGAAUUUUUACAACAUCCUUCUUGCCCAUUUUGAAAAAGAGGCCCAGCUCAGCAUCUUGUGCAACCCCCCACCCUCUCCCUUGAGCUUUAGUGGUCCUUCAGCACCUUUGGGCACCAUGGAAACCCAGCCAGGACUGAGCUCUGAAUAGCACGAACCCUUUUAAACAACCUUCCCAAAUUUCUAGGAAACUGAAACUUUUAAGAUAAUCUCCCAGUUCUUUCUAGAUUCCACUGUGGUCUCUAACUCUCUGUUGUUACAUGGGGAAACAGAAACAGAGAAAAGGCAGAAAUAAUGGGGGAGGAAACUUUAAAUCUUUUAGAAAUUAAAGAGGAUUCUUAAAAAACCACUUCCUUAUUUUGAUGGAUGAGUAAGAUGUUAACAGAGGGCAUCAAAAGGGCAGAGGUGUUUUGAACUUACUAAUUUUUGAAGGGUUAUUUUACAAGGUUUAACUUUAGCUUUUCAGAUCUUACUCCUGCAAACUCAUUUCUUCAGACUUCUCCCUGGUAAUCCUCCCCAGUGUCUCCUCUCUUUGCUGUUGACACCUGCGAUGGAAUGAGGACUGCCUUUCCACCCUCCAGAUCAGGACUCCGCUGCCUCGGAUGGCAGAGGACACGCUGCUCCAGACCUCAGAGCCUCAGAGGCUGUGCCUUCUUCCAGGAAACAUUUCCGAAUACUCUCCCAUCACUCCCUUUCUUUACAUGUCUCUGUCUUUUCUCUCUAUAACUCUGUUGUCACCCUGAGGCUUUUUUUUUUUUUCUUCCCAAUUCCCAGGGAAGGAUGUGACCUCAGAGUGAGUAAGGACUCACUCACUAAUCCUUACUUUGUUUAGUAAAAGCCUUCAGAUUCCAAGGAUAAGACAAAGUGGCCGCUUCACAAAGGAUCCAGAAUAACACCCAGUAAGUUCCUUAAAAGUUUCAGCAGCUGAGAGGGUUCACCUGUAUGUGGUCCUCUUUACCGCCACAGGUGUAGCCCACCGUGGGGAGGUGGGAAGCCACAAGGAAUGGGGAGAGAAGAAAAUAAGUCCCUGAGAUGUUAUGCCCCAGUUUCAAGGAUCUUAACAGUUCAUGUGCAGUUUGGGAAGUGGGUCAUUUUGAUGAUGGGUAAAUGAUGGUUCUACAAAGAUUACCUGACUCCACUUACACAAGAAUAUGUAUUCACAGCUGAUAUAACUGAAUGUUCACGUCCCAUCCACAGAACUCACUGAAGUAGAUUUACCAAAUUGGCCUUUCUGUUUGGGUGAGGAUGCUUGGAGUGGGUCGUUAGGAUAGAGUGAACGGUUCUUAGUACCUGUUUCCUGAUGAGUGUUCUGUAAAUUAUUUCAAUCCAUUGAAUGGCCCUUUGUAAAGCUCCAUGUUCAAGUGUGGCGUAAACGCCAUUGUUCAACAACAGUUUUUCACAUUUUCACACAAUGUAAUCUGACUUUGGUGCCCCUUGAGCAAUCCACAGAACAAUGUACAGGAGGGUCCCACUUAAUCUACAGCAAUGAAGAUGAACAGUGAUCAAUGGAUAUAGAGCGCCAAGGGUCAAAUUGUAUGAGUUUUCUGCCUUUGUGCUUUUGCCAUUCCCAAAAAUGGGUUUAUAAUUUAAUUAAGAAAAAGAAAAAAGGGGGGGACAUGGUGGUCUCCUUAGCAUUUGGGAAUGAAGCAUAGCCCCUGGGGUCUAUAAACUGAAGAAACUUUAGUAAUCACAGCCUCUGAAAUCCAAAGUUAAAGAGCCUGUGGUUCUGUUGGGUUUAGAAGACUUCAGAUUUGGGAUGACAUUUAUUCCUGACCAUGGUAGUGAGGGGCCAUGGAUGCAGGAAAUGCGCUUAGGGCUGAGUCUUGCUCUGAGUUACCUGCCACAUAGGCCCCAAGGCACGGGCAGCUUAGAAGUGAAGUCGCUUCCCACGUAUGAAUGAGCUCACGACUGGAGACUGGCCCCUGAGCUAAAAGCCAACCUCCAGCUGGGCUGGGGUGUCAGGCGUGGGGCAGGGUGACUGGCACAGCUUUGUUCAAAUCAGUAAAAUAAACUGGAGAUUGAGCUUUCACUCACCCACCCUAGUAUACUUUCUUUACAAAAAAAAAAAAAAAGUCUACGUAGUAUAAUCAAAAUGGUACCUGUAUCUUAAAAUUACGUGGGGAAUUUUGUAUGCUUAAAUAAUUGUUCUGGGUUCCAUAAUGCUUAUCUUAGAAACUGUUUAGUAAAAGAAAAUAUAUAAACCGUGCAUUUGUGAAUGCCCCCCCCCUUAGAACAUUCAUCCGAGCUCAAUGUGUAGUGUGAUGGUUAUUAUAGAUGUUUAAAGUAUAGUAAGUGGCUGUGUGACAGGAGAGACUGGUAUUUACCUACUGACUUAAGGGUAACUCCUGCCCACAUAAUUAAAUCAGUAUUGUCCUUUCCUGUCGGUUUGAUUAAUUGCAGUAUUGGUGGCUUCCUGCUUGUGACUGUUACCUGAUCGUGUCAAUGUACAUCUGUAGUAUGUACAUGUGAAAGUGCCUUUCUAUUUUAGAGGAGUUUUAGCCUUGUUCUUUACUGUUGCCCCGCCCACCUCCUCCCCCAAGUGCCACCCCAAUUCCUCCGUCCACUUGACUGUUCUGAAACUUCCUUCACUCUCUCCCAGCUGCUUCUCCAUCCCCACCUUUUCAUGCAUCGGUGCUCAGUAUUGUCCUGUCUUGCAUCCUUGUCGGUCAUGGUCAGGUCAUGGUCAUCAGACGUGUUGUUUUCCUCUUAGCCGUGACUGUGCCUUUUCCUCCCCACAGUCACUCUCCAGGUCCCCCGCAAAUCGCCCCCCCCUCCCCUCCCCUGCUCACGUGCUGCUGACGGCCAUCCUGUUCGCCUCUGCUCUGUACUGCCUCUUACCGUGACAUUCCCUCGUCUCUGAGGUGAAAGUAAAGGGGGAUGCUUUUCUAGUUCUGGAAGAGAAAAAAAAAAAAAAAACGUUAAUCUGUUGUGACAAUGCACUUUUAUGUAUAAGUACUGUACAUUUUGGCAUGUACCAUUCCAGGCUUCAGUAUACAGUCAGGUCUGUUCUUCAUGGUGUAUCUUUAUAAUAAAUAAGAUAGUUCUGGCUGCC